ACGGAUAAGAGGUUAGAAGGCCAAUUGAAAAUUUAUCUCGCACGGAUUACUCGACUCGCUACGGAAAAAAACGUAAAUCCUCGAUCGUCCGUUACGCAAUUACAACAUCGUGAUUCCAUAAGAAAUCCAGUAUCUUGAGACUAUAUAAAAAAACAAUCUUUCAUUAUGAUAGCCUUAUUGACUAAGCGAGCAAAUGUGUAUGGAGGGGGACUCAUUCGAAAGUCUAUAUCGCGCAUUCUGGACCACGGAAAUUCAUCUGUCGCCGCUUCGAAGAGAUCGAAAAUGAGCAAGCUUACUUCUGAGGAAAGACAGCAGAGUUUGAGUCCGCUACUGUCAACAGGAUGGACCAUUCAGUCAGACAGAGACGCAAUCUACAAGGAGUUUGUAUUUAACAACUUCAAUGAGGCUUUUGGAUUUAUGACGAGAGUCGCCUUGCAAGCUGAAAAGAUGGACCAUCAUCCCGAAUGGUUCAAUGUUUAUAACAAAGUGAAUAUCACUCUGUCGUCUCAUGAUGUGAACGGAUUAUCGCAGAGAGAUGUGAAACUGGCAACAUUUAUAAACAAGGUUGCCGCUGCUGUUGGCAAAUAAAUCUGACAACUUACCUGUUGAUAUGUCCAAACUCUGUCUGUUGUACACUUAUUUUACAUGACAAUAAUGUAAUCAAUAUGUUUGUUAUUAUUAAUUUGUAAUAUGAAAUAUUAAUAGAAUAAAUAAUAUUUUUUUUAGCUCA